UUUUCCUAGAGGCCUAGGCUAGGCAAACAGAAUUUAAUGAACUAUAUAAGCACAUACAAGAAACAAUGCUAUCAUCAUCUCAAAUUCAACAAAACUUGUUAUAUAUAUAUAUCUGUGCUAAUUUUGCAAUAUAUAUAUAAGGUGGAAAGAUGGAGGAGAUCAGCACAGAUAUUGUCAUUGUUGGAGCUGGAAUAUCUGGUCUUGCUACUGCUUUAGCACUACAUAGGCUGGGAAUAAAAAGUUUGGUGCUAGAAUCUUCAGAUAUACUGAGAGCAGCUGGUAUAGCCUUCACAACUUGGACUAAUGCAUGGAGGGCUUUGGAUGCUCUUGGAAUCGGUGAUUCACUCAGGCAACAACAUGGCCAGCUUUUUGGGAUAAAUACUUCAUCUUCAGUUACAGGAGCUUUAACUUCAUAUGUCUCAUUUACAAACAAGGGAACACAUGGAGAUCAUGAAGUUCGGUGUGUAAAACGAAAGGCCUUACUAGAAGCGCUUGCAAAAGAAUUACCAAGUGGUACAAUAAGGUAUUCCUCCAAGGUGGUUUCUAUUGAAGAAUCAGGUUUCUCAAAGCUUGUGCAUCUUGCUGAUGGUUCCACCCUUAAGACCAAGGUACUUGUUGGGUGUGAUGGGGUGACUUCGGUGGUGGCGAAGUGGCUAGGGUUCAAGCAACCAUCAUUAACAGGCAGAUCAGCAAUAAGGGGUUGUGCAUAUUACAAAGAAGGCCAUAAUUUUGAGCCCAAAUUUUACCAAUUGGUGGGAAAUGGUGUUAGAUAUGGUAUUGUUCCUUGUGAUGACAAUGCUGUUUAUUGGUUUUUUACAUGGUCCCCAUCAGCUCAAGAAAGUAGAAAAUUGAUAGAAGCUGAUCAAGUGAAGCUGAAGCAAUUUGUACUGAGUAAACUUGGGAAAGUACCAGACGAAGUAAAGACAGUGAUUGAAGACACAAAGAUAGAAGAAAUAGUAAGGUCACCACUAGGAUAUAGGCCUCCGCUGGAAAUCCUAAUUGGAAACAUAAGCAAAGACAAUGUAUGUGUAGCAGGUGAUGCUUGCCAUCCUAUGACACCAGACCUUGGGCAGGGAGGGUGCUCGGCUCUAGAAGAUGGUGUCAUUCUAGCAAAAUGUCUCGCCGAUGCCUUGCUAACGAACUCGAAAGAUCAGAGGACAUCAACAGAUUAUGAAAAUAAGGAUGAGUACAAAUUGUAUACGAGGAUAAGAAAUGGUUUAAAUAGCUAUGCAAAGAACAGGAGGUGGAGAGCAUUUGGACUGAUCAGUACAGGUUAUAUGUUGGGUUGGAUACAGGAGUUUGAUUGGUUUGGUAUCAGGUUUCUUAGAGAGAAUUUUCUUUCAGCUUAUCUUUCUGGUUUGUUUCUUAAGAAGGCUGAUGUUGAUCCUACACAGCUUAAGCUUAAAGCCUCAAGUAGUUGAGACAGAGUAGUUUCUGCAUACCUUAUCAUAAUUUCAUUUGCUUGUUAUUAUAUUACUCCCUAGAAUCAUUUUCUUAA